CAUUGUAGGCGCGAUCUAUGCCCGUGCGAUGCUAUAAAAGAGAACGACGGGCAUCAGCUAGACAAACAGUUCCCGUCAUGCAGUUGUUUAUUUUCUUUGCACUGUGCUUGGUGGCGGCGGCAAGUGAUGCCCAUAAAGCAGUAGACAAACCGUUUGUGCCCCGCUAUACGCUUUUAGCUGAAAGCAAGAAAAAGGACCAGGACUUGGAUCAGCUACCAAGUGAUUUAGUUGAACGCCAACCUUGGCGUCGCUUGGCCUACGGCGGCUUUGGCGGUCAACAAACUGGCUGGCCGGGUCCCAUGCAAGCUGCUUCACUUGGCCCGGGCCUGCUGCUGUUGGGUGUCAAUCUAGGCGCCCUGCUCUAUAUGCUGCUUGGCUUGCUAGGACUGGCGCCGGCACAGCGAAUCGGGACCUGGCAUGCUGGUGACAUGUAUCGGAACGAUAGACAACAUUUGGGUGCUGGCAAGGAAUCGACAUUAUAUUUCUAAAGUUGAAGCAUUACA